CCGAGCUCCGGCAACAUGUUGGACCCGACGAUCGUUUUCCUAUGGGUGCUUUGGCUGCCACUAAUCCAGUACAAUGCAUUGGUUUCUGGCGAAGAUGCUCCACCGCCUUUCCAGCGAAUAUACCAAUCGGAAAGGACAGUGCGCCAAUCGAAAGCCCAGGAGAUGGGAAGCCAUGUGAACAAUAGCAUUGAUCCCUGUGUGGAUUUCUACGCUUAUGCAUGCGGCAAUUGGAAGUCAACAUCCACGCCUCGGGAGCAACUGCAGCAGCAAACGGACCGGUAUCUUAUCCAGCUUUUAGAGGAGGCAGUGAGACGAGAGGACAGCGUCAUAGCGCGACAGGCCAAGGAGUUCUUCAAGUCCUGCGUCUCGGCACAGGUUCAGCAGAAUCAACAGCAACAGAAUCAGCAGCAGCAGAGCCAGCAGCAGUUCCUUAGCGACUUCAUCAGCCAGAAUGGAGGAUUCCCAGCGGUUCCGGGCUCCCAGUGGGCGGUGCAUCACCACGAUUAUGACUGGCUGAGAGUGCUGGGAACCCUACGAUUUCGAUAUGGAAUGGAUAUUCUCAUCGGGCUCCGUGUGAGUUAUAACUAUGGAAAUGUUAACGAAAACAGCUUGUACUUAAGUGAGCCCAGCACUUUGAUCCCUCGGGAACUGUGCACCCAAAAUCGUUCAGAUAUCAGGGACUCUGUUUACGAACCACUGGAGCUUCGAGUGGCCUCCGAACUUAGGGCCUGGUUGGCCUUGGGGAAAGAGGAAUCCGCACGCCUGGCAGCCGACAUUCUCAACUUCGAGCAUGAGCUAUGUGGUGGAAUGCGUGGGGGAUCCUUUGAUCUCUGGGAUGGCGAGGAGCAGCUCUACCUGGCGAACUAUACCCGCAAAAACCUGCGUGAUUUCUCAAAUUCGUUGGAACUAAAUCUGGAAUCAUAUGUAAGGGCCAGUUAUGGCCAGGACAUCUUUAAGCCCGUUUACAUGGCAGCACCGGAAUAUUAUCUCCAGCUAAAGCGCACAGUGGCUGCUCAUAAUAUAAGUAUGGUUGCGAACUAUAUUAUGUACAGAGCAUUGUCUGCUAUAAGUUUUCCUCUGGAAGAUCGUCCGCAGUUGAGGAAAAGAGAGUGCCUGGAACGAACAAAGGAACUGCUGCCAUCGGCUUUGGGAGAGUUAUAUGCCCGACAGUUUGGAACUGAAGAUAACAGAUCAGAUCUGGAACAGCUAUAUCAGACAUUAAAAGCAGCUCUGAGGCAAAGUUUGGAAGCAAAAUGGUUGGAGGAGGGCACCCGGCGUGUGGGUCAGGAAAAGCUACGAAAUUUGAAUUUGCAGAUGUCCAGCUAUGAGCGUCCAUUGAUUCUCAAAAUGCAGAUGGAGCGCGGUAACUAUUGGCACAAUCUCCGCCAGCUGUUGGGAGCGGUUCAGUCUCAAAGAAUAAACCGCCUAUCCGAUGAAUUCACGCCCCCACCCUCCGAUCCCGUGGAGGCUUAUGAGGACAGGGUGCGACUGAGACCAGUUCAGCGACGUUUGGAUAUGGGAUUGGCCCUGCUGCAGCCUCCUGCCUACGAUCGCCACUAUGGACACGCCUUUCGUUAUGCCACACUGGGUGUAAAACUGGCACAACAGUUGGUUAUGGCUUUCGAUGAUCCUCACUGGUAUGUUGGCCUACUCGAACGGGAUAAUUGGGACGGAGACACAGCCUGGCAAUAUCACAUUCGAAGCAAUUGCUUUGUCCGCCAGGUAGUCGAUUAUUUGAGACCCAAUGCGAGUGCCACCAGUCAGCUGAUCACGGAUAGUGGAGCCCUCAAUGUCGCCUUCCGGGCCUAUCUUAGCUGGUUGGGAUUUAAGGAGCCAAACAACGAUUUUACUUCCCUGACCAAUGAGACGCUACCGGGUCUUAAUUAUACGAAUACGGCGCUUUUCUUCGUGGCCUAUGCCCAGCAGCAUUGUAAUCUGGAGGAGAUUCGCCCAAAGGAUGACCAAUCGACACUAGGGGGGUUCCUGUACAGUGCACGACAGAAUCACACCUGGACCCGGUUGCAGGUGAAUGGGCCUUUGCGGAAUUCAGUUGAAUUCGCGAGGGAAUUUCGUUGUCCUAUUGGUUCACCCAUGAAUCCUGCCACCAAGUGCACUAUUUACUAAAAAUUAUUUGAUUAAAUCUAUUUUAAAUCUACAGCAUAUAAAUUAUAUAAAAAAUGUUUAAUAA